AUGGGUCCUCAUGAGCCAGUCACUCAAAUCAGAUUGCCGUCUUACGAGAUUGUCAACACUCCCUCUCGACAUGUUAAAUAUACUGUCUCGCUCCAAGGACCUGUACGUUCAUGGACUGUCACUAAGCGAUACAGUGACUUUGAUGCUCUGCACAGAACCCUCUCCUUACUAGCAACAACACCCGUAUAUCCGCCUGGAAAGACUCUCUUCUCGUCGCUCCCAUCUCAAGCAUUCAACCCAGACUUUUUGACUGCCCGUCGCAUAGGUCUCGAACGCUAUCUCCAAGCAAUCUUGCACCAUCCAAAUGCGAUAUGGCGAAGAAGCAAAGACUGGUGCGACUUCUUUGGCAUACCUGAUCGUAAAGCAAACACAAACAGUGCAUACUGGCAAAAGGGCGACGCCAACAAUGAAAAGGAUGAUAUCGAGGGGUGGAUGGACGAGUAUGCUUCAGUCAUGGACGCAUUACGCCAAGUCAGACAAUACGUAGUAGAACGAGAUAAAGCGUAUGCUAGAGGUGACAUGACUGUCUCCAACACGGCUUCCAUGAAUGGUAAAAAAGUAUUGAAUACCUUGACGCAACGUAUCAAAACAUUGGAAGAUGCGCUGGCUCGGCUUGGACUGGAAUGGUCGCAGGUGCGUCAGGUCGUGCCUCCUCCACCAACAUAUGAUGAUGCCAUGGUCGCAGCUGCUGCAAACAGCCAAGUAGGAGGCGGUGAAUGGAAUCGACGACACGAUAUGAUUACCACGUUACGUGAUGAGCGGGAUGCCCUGACACGGGUAUUGGCACUUCCACCAAAGAAUCAUAUUCAGGAUAAACAGGCAUUGCUCAGUCACAACAAUACCAAUAGUAGUAAUAAUAACAGUGGUGGUAGUGGCAGCAAUAGUUAUAAUGGUGGCGGCAUGUUGAUGCCAACCGAUAGCAACUCAUCCUCAUCCUCCUCAACCAACGUAUAUUCCUCAUCGCCAAAAACUAGCCGACGAUUCGGUGCAGCACAAGAAACAGACGUUACUCGACCACUAUCAAACGAAGGUGUAUUGCAACUACAACAGCAGAUCAUGGCCACUCAAGAUGGAGAAGUCGAUGCCUUGUUGUCUAUUGUAAGGAGGCAAAAGCAAAUAGGUAGUGCUAUAUCUGAGGAACUCGACAACCAGAAUCAACUCUUGACGGAAGUCGAUCAGGGUGUCGAUCGUACUCGUAUUGGGGUAAAGAAGAUUGGAAAACAGCUUGAUAAAGUCCGAGGCAAGAAAUGA